GAGAGGGCCAUGGAGCAUAGCCACAUCUUCCCCGUCUUGUCCCCCAAUGGCAGCUCCUGGAGCCCGGGGCAGCAACCACCUGAGGUAGUCCUGAGAUGCCCCCUCGGACCGCUGCCUGUCAUCUACUACAGUGUCCUGCUCUGUCUCGGCCUGCCUGCCAACAUCCUGACUGUCAUCAUCCUGUCCCAGCUGGUGUUACGACGUCAGAAGUCCUCCUACAACUACCUCUUGGCACUGGCGGCCGCUGACAUUUUAGUCCUCCUGCUCAUUGUGUUUGUUGACUUCCUGCUGGAGGACUUCAUACUGGGCACACCGUUGCCGCCAUCCCUCAACAAGGCGGUGCAGGUCCUGGAGUUCUCGUCCAUCCACACCUCCAUCUGGAUCACCGUCCCCCUCACCAUCGACCGGUACAUCGCCGUCUGCCACCCACUGCGCUACCACACUGUCUCCUAUCCGGCCCGCACGCGAAGAGUGAUACUAGCCGUGUAUAUCGGCUGCCUGCUCUCCGCAGCACCCUAUUACUGGUGGCCCGAGCUCUGGCACAGCCUGCCUGGGGUUGGGGGUGGCGGUGGGCAGGCAGUGGACGGAGGGGGCGGGGAGAGCAGCAGGAGCAGCAUCGCGCAGCACGUGCUCGUGUGGGCUCACUGCGCCACCGUCUACCUCCUUCCAUGUGCCGUCUUCUUCUCCCUCAACGCCAUCAUUGUGCGGAAGCUGCGCCGCCGCCGCAGCUGUUUCCGCCUGCGCGGCUACUCCACCGGCAAGACCACGGCCAUCUUGCUCGCCAUCACUUCCAUCUUCGCCGUCCUGUGGGCGCCGCGCACCCUCAUGAUCCUCUACCACUUCUACUCCCCGGCCCCGAGCUCGCACGGCGCCGGGCGGCUCCUCCACCUGCUCACUGACUUGGCCAACAUGCUAGCGCUGCUCAACACCGGCGUCAACUUCUUCCUGUACUGCUUCAUCAGCAAGCGAUUCCGCAGCAUGGCAGCCAGCGUGCUGCAAGCCCUGUUCCGCUGUCGCAAACAGCCACCGCCGUUCUAUGUGGGCCACAACUUUUCCAUCACAAGUAGCCCCUGGAUUUCACCGGCCAACUCCCACUGCAUCAAGAUGCUGGUGUACCAGUACGACAAAAACGGAAAGCCCAUAUGUAUUUCCUCUUGA